CACAUUUUAUUUAUGCAGAUCAGUUCUAGAUGCAUAUACAAGUAUGCCGGUGAGAAUGACAUUUUUAAAAACAUGGUAAUGCGUCGUACUUGUAAUUAACAUAGAUGGAUAGUCUACAGAAUGUAAUAACACACGGGCUAUAACCUGAUGACAGCGUUAAUACAGUGUUGAGUAAGGAUUGGGUUAAAGUCAAUACCAACAUUAAUCGUAAUUUGACAUUACAUACGUCUUGGUUUUAGGUCUAAGACAAUACAUCAAGUACUUGGAAGUUGACUUAUUUGUGGAUAUUGAUAUUACUGUGUUAAUGUUAAUGAAAUGCUGUCUUGCUGGACAUCUAUCUUGAUCUGCAUCUUAUGUUUUCCAUGUUUCAGUAUGAGUAAGGACUGGUGUAGCUGAUAACCAGCACCAGCAUUAAAAAGGCAGGAACAGAUAUAACAUCGGAUUUGUUUUUAACUUUUCACUCAUUUGUACAGAAACAUCACACGUGAAAUAUCUUUAGAUGUUUACACCUGUGAUGAGAAGGUGACAUGGUAUCACCGAAGACCAUGGUAAUUUGGUCAUGCAGAAUAAAUAUAACCAUGAUGGUCUUACUUUGGUUAAUCAACUUGACUUGUUCAGGACAUACCUGCCCAAAGGAUCUGCUGAGCGAAGUCUUCAGCUGCCUGCGGAACUUAACACAUGGAAGCAAUCAAAGCUCACUACUAUCAUCUAUUGACGUCGAACUGAUGAAAAGAAAUUGUGGAACUGGGGCAUUUGAUGACAGUGUUCAGUGCCUAGAAAGAUUAUAUAAACGUUGCGAUGACCCCAAAGCAAAAGAGUGGUUAAUAAAAUUAGCUAAGCCCGGGCGAUGGAAGUCUGGAUUUGAUAGGUUUUGCCAACAUGUAAAUUUAUAUACAAAACAGAAACAGUGUAUCCAGAGACAAAACGAAAAAGUUUUGGCAUGUGUCAAUAGUAAUAAAGAUGUGUUUAACAAUGAGCAAAAAUACGUGGCUACCACACGAGAUGGUUAUACGGUCGAUGAAAGUGUUAUAAAACCUACAUGCAGCGUUUUUCAUUGGACAGAUAAGUGUUUAAGUGGUCCACUCGGAGACGAGUGCGGGAGAGAAAUUGGCGCUGUUGUAGCAGACUUUAAUGGGGGAAUAACUCCUCCUUUGUGUGUUAAUUAUCCACUUGACGGUUCAUCAACAAGGACUUCGCAUUCGUCCAAGUUAAUUGUGAUAUUUACAUGUGCAUUAUCCUAUUUACUGUCCUCUCGUCUACGGUGAUGACAUAUCUGAGAGUGUGUGGAUAUAUAAGUGUCAUUCAUUAACAAACUGUCAACGUAGAUCUCCAAGGUGUUUCUAAGGAAGCACUGGUUACAUUAGCAACUAAAAGUACAUAUGACCUUCACCUUUACGGGGCAACGAAAUGUCUUUUGAAGACAAACUUAAAAUAAUGUUGUCAUUAGGUAUGUGACUGGCGUAUACUAUUCUGGGAUGGAUAAUACCUAUAAACAAAGCAAUUGUUCAAUAUUGAGUGUUUUGUCUCAAACGAUACGGCCAUAAUUCACCAAUAGACGUACUAUAUUUGUGAAUAAAUGAUUGUGUGGAUGAGGCAAAUUGAAUUGAUUAUUAAACUAAAACUGAGCAUUUAAAAUGCAUAUAGAUUUUAGAGAAUGUAUUGGAAAUGUGCAUUGCAUAAGGUCUAGGAAUUCCAAACAAAACUAUUCUACGCUUAUUCAACACACCAUGCAGGAUAUAUCAAGAUAGUUCUAACGAAUUCUCAUAACAUUAUCAAAGUAAAAAGCAAAUUUAUAUAUGCCAAUCGGAUAUUUAAAACAAACAAUAAAAAGAUUUCUUUCUAGAUCCUAAUAAUUCUGAUGUGUUUCAGUGUUAGCUGAUACAUAUCAUUUCACAUGUUAUGUGAGAAAAACUCUUGUGUUAUGUUGAACGUUUGCCAUGUAAUGGCUUUAAGUGGUUAUUUUACCAGAACUUAUGUAUAUAUAUUAGCUUUAUGUUUCAUUAUGUACUGAAAGCUACUUGAAACUAGAAGACUAUUUUGUAGGCAAUCAAUAUGUUUCUAAAAACGUAUUAAAUGAUCUUUUUAUCUUGUAUGAGGAGACUAACUGUUAAUCAUUGCAGCCAUAUUCAUGUUCUUUUAGGGUUUUCCUACUAGGAAUUAAUUCAUAACUUUGGCUACAAGUUUUUGAACAGGAACUAAAGAUACAUUGAAAAGGAACUUUUAACAUUUUUUAAAUGGAAAAUUGACAGAUGCAAGAUUUUGUCGUCAUGCAAAAAAAGGGACUUCUGCUUUCUUUUAUUGUGGACUUUAUUAUUAUAGGAUAAUAAAUAAUGUGAACAAUAAAUAGGAAUUUUCUUUGAAAAUAAUUAGAAACACAUAUUAAAAGUGCUAUUGUUCCUUUUCAAAAGACUAUAUUUUAUGAAUUAUUAUUAAAGAGAAAAUAUUGAUAAAAGUUUACAAAUUAUAUAUUUUUUUAAGGAUUGGAAAUACCGUAUUCUUGAUCAAAUACUGAGAUACCGCUGCUUCUGAACAUCAAACAAAUUAUUAUGUAUUCAAUAUCAAAUUUUGAAUUUUAAACAUAAAAGAUAAACAAUGAAUAUUUUAAUGUCCAUGUAUUGACUUGAAAUGUCAAUAUAUCACUUGUAUAGGCUCAGCAGUGUGAACAUGUACAUUUUAUAAAUAUAAAAAAAAUUAUAGUUUUGCCAUGAAAAUAGCUCUUUUGUUCAAAGGAAAGAAUCCUUAAAAUACUCCUUUUUAUGUACUAAUAUUUCUGAUUAAAAAAAAAGAAAUUUGUAAAGUAUUAGCUGUCAAUGCUUUAAAUUCCUUAAAUUUGACAGGAUCUGUAAGAUUCUGUUGUAUAUGUGACAUAUUUAACAUAAAUUUGUCUUGUAUGUUACAAGGAAUAUGGCUUAUAAUGUAGGCAAUCAGCAAUCAUGCAUGUGUGUAACAAACUGACAUUAUACAUGAACAAUUGAAGCUUAUUAUGCUUGUUUUAAUAUGCAUGUUUUUAUGCUUUUAGGAGUGAUUGUUGAUCAAAAGAUAUUUUUAUGUUUUGAAAGAUUUUAUGUGUACUGACAGGUUCAACAAACAUAUAUAAUGUUGUUUUAAAUUGUCUUUAAUUUUUUAUUUCUUCAUAUUUUUAUUUUUAAGUGAUUAUAUACAGGAUCUGAAAUUGGUUCUUGUUGAAGUAUGUAAAUUUUGUUUUGUUUUGUUCAAUAUAAUUUUGUUUGUUUCAUAUUUUUAUGGUAUCUUAAGAGUGGGAUGAAAAUAGUGAAGUAUUGUCUAUUAAGAUUUUUUUGUUUUUAGUUUUUAUGAUUAGAUUAAACAUUCCAAGAGUAUUAUCAAAUACAAUGAUCAUGAAAGAUCUAUCAGUGUGAUAAAUUUGAAAAAAGUAUUAUAUAUUUAACACAUUUUAACAGACUUUACAAAGAGCUGUGGUAAUCACUUUUCAAUUUCCAUUCUUUCACUGAGAGGAUAUCCUCAGUUUAAUUUUUUAUACUGGCUCCAGAUGGUUUUAAGAGCUAAUAAAUGAGAUUUUUAUCUUACAAUUUGUUCCUAAUGUAAAUCACUAUAGCUAUACACUUAAAUGAAUAUCAUUACACAGUCUAGUGUUAUUACUAUUGUUUGUAAGAGUCAAAGGUUUGGUGUAACAAUAAAACUAGGAAAAUGGAUUUUGGUGUUAGUGACAGCUGGUUUUUGUAUGCAUUUGGUGCAUAAUUAUGCUGAAAUGGUUAAAAAAUUAGAAGUAUAAUAGUAUAUCUAGGUAAAAGGAUUAUUUUAUUUUGAAGAUACAGAUUACAGUUUAUAGUUUAAGAAAAUAUUUAUUUAUGUUUUGUUCAAUUUUUAUAAAUACUGAUAUAAAAUAUCUUUAAGAUGAAAACAUUGUUGUUUAAUAAAAAAGUAAAAAUCUG